AUGGUACUUAUUAACAAUUUUUCAAAGUACAAUAUAAUAUCAGCAGGUGGUGGGAAACUCGUUAGAUCAUCCAAUCCAACUACAGCAUUUUCUAAUGAUAACAAAACUUAUUUGGUUCUUUUUACCAACCAAAUCAAAAUAUAUAAUUUACUUAACAAGAUUUGCAUAAAAACUAUUUCAUUUGAAGACAACAAGAAACUCAGCUCAAUUAUUGACUUGAAAUAUGAUCCAGUUCAUACUAAUAUUAUAUGGUUGUUUUAUUCGAAUGGGGAAAUUUUGAUAUUUAAUAUAAACAGCCAAAGUGAAGUUAAAAGAUUAAAGGUGGAAGGCGUAAAGUUUUUAAAAGUUUUGAAGAUUAAUUCAAGCUAUGAGAUAAUAGCUAUAACUCAGGGUCAAAAGCCAAAUAUAAAAUGCGCAGCUAAAUUAACAUUGACUUCAAAUUUAAGCAGUUCAGAACUGAAUGGAGAUUUUAUUGAAUUUUACAAGGCAUUUAAAUAUCAAAACAAGAAUUUGACACAAGUUAGCAACGUUUCAUUUUUCAGUGUUUCUCCUAAUAAGAAUUCUAUUGCUUUCUUAAUUGCAACAAAUAAUAAUAUUUUAGUGAAGAUUUACACGAUCGAUAAAAAUCAGCAAAAUCAAUUUUCUAUUGUUUUUAAUUCGAGUUUGACAUCGAUUGCAUUAUCAAAUAAUCGAGUGUUAGCUUUAGGAUCUAAAACUGGAGUUAUAAAUUUAUUUUAUUCUUCUAAUAAAUCGAGGGCAUUAAGAUGGCAUGUUGAUAAAGUGAAUGCUCUUUCAUUUUCAUCCGACAAUAAUUAUCUUUUAUCCGGUGGAUUGGAGAAAGUGUUAGUAUUUUGGCAGUUAAACUCAGAUAAGAAACAAUUUUUACCGAGAUUAUCAGGACCUAUAUUGGAUAUUUCUAAUUCUACCAGUUAUUUCAAUUUGACAUUACAAUUGAAUGGAGUUAAUGAUCUUCAGUAUUUAGUAUUAAACGCAAUUGAUUUUACAUCUAGGAUAUCGAUUAAUACAAUUCGACCAGAAAUUUCCAAUUAUGAACUGUAUUAUAAAGAUCUCAAGAAACUAAAGGCUAAAUCUAAAGAUUUUCAAAAUAAUGGCAAAGUGAAUGGAAAUAAGCACAGUCUGAAAGAUUUAGUCAAGGUGAAACAUGAUUUUACAUGUUCAUUUGAAAUUAACAAUAACUCCAAUUACAUGUAUAUACCCAAUGGAUCUCAAGUACAGGCAUUUAAUUUAAACAAGAAUGAGCAAGUUUUUACGCAAAAUCUUAUUAAUGCAAUACAAUCGGCUGGUAAGGUGAGAUCUGAGAAAGAUGUUGAAGAAGCCAAAGUUCAUUUAGUGUCAUUUACUAAUGAUGGAUCCUGGAUGUGUACAUUUGAUUCAUUUAAAUAUUCUUCGCCCAAAAAUAAACUUUUAAUAGGUGACGAAAUUUUCACAUUAAAAUUCUGGAUAUUUAAUAAGGUGCUAAAUUCUUGGGAAUUGACUACUAAAAUUAUGAAUCCCCAUGGGCCGAAUAACUAUGUUUAUCAAAUUUUGGCUGCUCCUUCAAGUUAUUGCAAGGGCGUUUCAUUUUUAACGGUUGAUAAUAUUGGUGGAUUGAAAGUAUGGAAACCCAAUGUGGUGAAAGAAAACUAUAGCAUUAAUAAUAGUAACGUUUUGCAAAAUCAUAUUUGGUCAUUAUCGAAAUUUUUUAUGGGAAAUCCUAAAUUAAAAACCAACGCUAUUUCAGCUGUUUGGUCAAAAGACGCAUCAACUAUUUUUUUGUCGUUGGAAAACAAGAUUUCAAUUAUUAAUUUUCACGAGUUGAACAAUAUUAAUAGAAGUAGCGUGAUAGAACUUUUACCGUUGAUAUGCGAAACCAGAAUAAGAUCAUUAAAAUUGACAAACAAUGAUAACAAUCUUAUCAUUCUUUCCAAAAAUAAGUUGAUUAAUUUCAACUUGUUAAAUUUCAAGAUCAAAUGGCAGUUCAAACUAAACAAUUUAGUGUCGAUUCAUAGCAAGAAUUUGAUUGAUGUCAGCCAGAAUGAUAAUAUCAUUGCAUUGGCGGUCAACUAUAUCGAUCCACAGACCUAUAAAUACAAUGCCAAAAUCUUUAUGAUCGAUUGCCAAACCACAAGCAAGAAUUUCAUCAGUGUGAAGAAAGUUGAAAACUAUAUAUGCUCGUUGAAAUGGGUGCCAAAUACCAACGAUUUCAUAUUUUUUGAUUUCGAGUACAAUAUACUCAGGCUCACCUCGGAUAACAACACCAAGGACAAAAUUGCUGAUGCGAAGAUGGAGACGUCGUUCAGGAGCUUGCUAAAGAGCGCAGUUGACCAGAAAAGCUCAGUGGUGAAGGCGCAGAGUUCGUUGCGAGAAGAAGACCCACCUAGUGCAGACGUGGAGGACGUUUUCUGGUAUGGCAAGAACAUCAACAGCCAUACGUUCGACGCAGUGAUAAAGGAGGACUUUGAGUUUGACGACUUUCCCUUGGAGUCGUUGUUCGACCGAGCAAUGAGGUGUUUGUGA